AUGGGAGGAGUCUUCCUGAAGAAUGUCAACACAUUUGGCCAUUCCCUGGGCAACAACAGCACCUAUUGGCUGGUCGCUUCAGUUGGCUCAGAUCCCAAACUUGCUUGCUUUUUAAAGCAGGAAAAAGCAUCUCAGAACUAUGUGAAAUAUAUUAACUGGAAAAGUCACUUUUUGAACAAUGUAAGUUCCAGAACCCCCGCAUGCCCACGGAGAUGCAGUUGUGACCUGCCAAGGCGAGUGCAGUGCUACAGAGUUGGAGAAAUGCCUAAGGAGAUUGCUUCAACUACUAGGAGGAUUUACAUCAGCCACAGCAAGAUCAAAAUGCUCCAGGUCACUGAUGUUCUCGGGAUGUCUUACCUUGAAGAAUUUGUCCUGACCUGCAGUGGGACAGAAUCGGUGGAGAACAACACUUUCAAAGCUUUGGGUGCCUUAAGAAUUCUGGAACUCUGGAAAAACAAACUAAGACAUGUACCAAGCUCACUCCCACCAAGCCUUGAAGUACUGAAACUUGGAGAUAAUUUAAUAAGCAUUCUCCAUGAAUCUGAUUUUGAAGGUUUAAAAAACUUAAGGGUCCUUGAUAUACAAAGCAAUUUGAUUUUGACUCUUUCAUUUAUUACUCUUUCCUCUCUUAGCAGUUUACAGAGUUUGACUUUGGAUGGAAAUGAUAUGGAAUCUGUGUUUGGAUCAUCCCAUCUUCCCAGUCUAAAGCAUCUGAGCAUGGAGAAUAACAAAUUGCCCUCUUUCCCAGCAAGCUUUUUCACGUCUCUGCACAAUUUACUAUUUCUAAAUUUAAAUGGCAAUUUCUUGACUGACACCCCCCCAGAUCUACCUAAAUCUUUACUGUCAUUAAAGUUAGAGAGAAAUCAGCUCAAGAUGCUGAGAGCUGGAGAGGUGAAACAACUGGCAAACUUGUCAGAGCUCUGCUUGUCUGAAAAUCAGAUUUCCUCAGUUGAUGGUGUACAGUAUCUUUCUAGCUUAACUAGACUGGAGCUGGCUGGGAACAAACUCCAAGCAAUACCACUCAGAUUGCCAGCUACGUUGCAGAAAAUUGAUUGUAGCAAUAACCUUAUCAGGCAGAUUACAGCACAAGAGUUCCGGAAUCUACAAGAACUCAAACAUUUGUUCCUUGAUAACAAUACUGUUGCCACAUUUGAGGAUGGAGCCCUGCAGAAAUGCACACUACUGUCUAAUCUAGCGCUUGAACAAAAUCUACUUAGUUCUAUUCCAUUAAGCCUCCCACAUACAUUAGCUAGAUUGGAUCUGAAAGGAAACAGUAUACAACGAAUUCAAGAGCAAGAAUUGUCCAAUUUAAGGCACCUGCAGGUUUUAAAUCUACGGAACAACAAGAUCUCCAGCCUGGAUUACAGUCUCUUGAAGUACUUGCCCCGUCUUAGGUACCUGUAUCUGGAUGGGAAUCCGUGGAAUUGCACCUGCGACCUCCUCAGAACCAGAAGGGCGCUCAUGGCAAAAGGCACAGAGGUCAAGGGAGGACAGUGUACCUCCCCAACAGAAAGCCAGGGUGAGGCCUGGAUGUCAUCCCAAAGGAUUCUGCGUGUGUGUGCACACCACAAUCUGUAUGCGGCUGACGUGGGGGAAGAAAAUGGAAAGAAAUCAAAUGUUGAUGAAACCUUCAGUGUCAGAGGAAACACAGAUGAUUAUUAUGACUAUGAAAUAGACUGAGCACAUCCUUCUGAUUGCUUUUGAUGGUCAAUCCAGUUCUCUCCAAGGCAAUCUCUGAGACUUUUCAGUUCAAUCUUAUGCAGCCAAAUGUCUCUAAAUGUACCGUAUUUUCCCCAAAA